CGGGCCGGACAUGGCGGCGCAGUCACGGAUCCCCGCAACCACCUGCGCGAAGGAGCGAGCUGGGAGCGAAGGAGGCAGAGAGGGUCGGUCGCGCGUUGACGAAGGUCGGUGAGGAACGUUGGCGGCGGCGACGACGUGAUGGAGAGAAGCGGCGGCGACAACGGCAGAUAGACGAGAUGAAGAAAGCACGCGAUCGUGACUUCCUCCAGGAUAUCUUGCAGCGCGCUGAAGGCCCAUAACCGCAUGUGCAAACCCGGCCCACCUCUGCUGGGGCCCACCUGCAUGAUCCGAGGACCCCGCCUCCAGAGGCUUGAACCGAGGCGCGAUCUCCGCUGCGGCCGCGAACUGCACCAGCGAGGUCGCCUCCUCCGCCGGCGUCCCCUUCUCCGAUCGCCCAACCUCGAUCCACUCGUCGACCGUUGGAGAAGCUCCUCUCUCACCCGACAACGACGCGACGAAGAAGUCCCCUAGAACCGCCGGCGGCGUGACCCGUCUCGGCGGCAAAGGGCCCUUCCACGCCUUCAGCCGCACCGAGGGCUUGGGCAACCGCAGCCCCGUCGGAGAAGAUGACGCCGGUCGCCGAACCUCCUCCCGAACAGAAGAUCUUGGCGGCGAGGAAGAUCUUGCCCUCGCUGCGGCCGGCCUUGACUCGGGCUUCUCCCAAACACGGGACUCCGCCGAAGGAUAGCCAAUACGAGACCAAAAGUCGGCGAGCAUCUCAUCGCCUUUGAGGGCAGCAACGGGAUCCGGCGGCGGAACACGUGGUUCAUCAGCCAGACCUCACCAUGCCACCUCCUCCGCCACAGAUAGCUCCUCCUCGCCUCCCGAGAUCUCACCGAGAAGAUCAAAACGCGAGCCUGGACUCAACAAGCUGGCCGACGUCCGACCUGCCGGCGAUUUCCCUAGCCCGAUCGGUUGUAGGAGCAGCCUACGGCGAGGUUUCCUCGGCGGCGUCCGCCAGCCCUCACUCAUCUCCCCCUAAAAGUUUUUCAGCUCCUUGGAUGGUUUAAUGGUGGUGACGAAGGCGAUCUCUUGCUUGUCUAUGAACUGGUAGCCAACGGCAGUCUCGAUGCUCACUUGUACAAGCCAAACUACUUGCUGCCAUGGACAGUCAGGUACGAGGUCGCCCUCGGCCUUGGCUCCGCGCUGAUGUACCUGCACCAGGAUACGGAGCAGUCUGUCGUGCACAGGGAUGUCAAGCCAAGCAAUAUCAUGCUGAACGCGUCCUUGAAAGCCAAGCUCGGUGACUUUGGCCUCGCAAGGUUCGUCUGCGACGGUCGGGGCUCGCUCACGACAGGUGCAGCCGGGACACUCGGGUACAUGGACCCAAAGUGUGUAUACUCAGGCAAGGCCACCAUGGAGUCCGACGUGUACAACUUUGGUGUCGUACUGUUGGAGAUCGCCUGCUGCCGAAGGCCAGCCGUGGCCCGAGAUGAUGACGAGGGAGCCGUCAUCCACCUGGUGCAGUGGGUCUGGGAGGUGUACGGCCAAGGGGCCAUCCUUGAGGCAGCCGAUGUGCGGCUGGACGGCAAGUUCGUUGAGCAGGAGAUGGAGCGUGUCAUGAUGGUCGGGCUUUGGUGUGGGCACCCUGACCCCAGCCUAAGGCCAUCCAUCAGGCAGGCCAUCAGCGUUCUGCGGUUGGAGACACCACUGCCGAGCCUCCCGGCAAAGAUGCCGGUCCCCGCCUACAUGAGGCCGCCACUGGGUGAUGACUCUUUCGGUUCUCCGGGGACUACCGGCCACAUCAGCAGCUGGGAUGCCAGCACGACCCAUUCAACUCGAAACAAAGUUGAAUAGACGAUCGCCAAUCUUGGCAUUUAGGAUUGUUUCAGUAGAUUUCAAGUACUACUUGUAACUAGCGGAAUUACUCUAUAUGUAUGCUUGAACUGAACGAAGCUCAACAAAACCUGAGCCACUUGAGAUUUUGAUCCGUUCUCUGUGCAGGCAUGUAAUUAAGCUUGAUUUCCUGCUUAUUGCAUUAAAUAAAGGGGGAAACCCCUAGUUUACGGGGGUA